UCACCGCCGUACAUCGCUCCCCUCCCUCCAGUGAACAUCCUGACUGCCAUGGCCCUGUCCCGCCUGGCCACGAGGACCAAGAAGUCAUCGUACUGGUACCUGCUGAGCGCCUUCAUCCACACCGUCAACGUGCUGGAGUUCACGGCCAACCACGCCUCCAUCUGGGUCACCGUCCUGCUGACCAUGGACCGCUACGUGGCCCUCUGCCACCCACUGCGGUACCGCGCCAUCUCCCACCCACAGCGUACCCGCAAGAUCAUUGCGGCCGGCUUCGCUAUCAUUGCGGCCGUCUUCGCUGUGGCUCUGGCCACGGGCAUCCCCUUCUACUGGUGGCUGGACGUGUGGCGUGACGCUGACCCCCCCACCGCCCUGGACACGGUGCUCAAGUGGGUGCACUGUGUCACCAUCUACUUCUUGCCCUGCAGCAUCUUCCUGGCCACCAACUCCAUCAUCAUCCACAA